AUGAUUAUGAACAAUUGCUAUUUCUAUUUUUGCGUAGGGAUAAUCUUUGGUGAAAUCGCAUGUGAGAACUGUAACCAACUUCAGAGGAAGCUACUAAAAGCCAACCAGGUCAACUUCAAUCUUCUAAGUAGUAAUAUGAGAUCAACUAUUCCUCUACAAUGUAUCAAGGACUUCAUAGAUUUAUCUCUUGAAGACACUGAAAAAAUAUUGAUUGAUAUGAAUGAUGAAUCCCAGAUUGCAAAAACAGCUGUUAAAGAAAUCCUCCAACAGAUAGACCUUAUCUUCAGACAAAACCAUACUGAAUUGGUUUGGCAUAAGGGCUCCUUAAGCAGUUUCCUCAUUGGACUGGAUCAGCAGAUUAAGAUGCUGGAAACUUGUGGGAAAGGAGAGAUGGAGCAAGUCAUCACAUCUCCAAGGAAUCUGAAAUUGAAGCUGACCAGGCUGAGAGUAAAAAGAUACUUCCAAAAGCUCAGUGAUUUCUUGAAAAAUAAGAAGUACAGUUUGUGUGCUUGGAAAAUUGUCCAGAUCCAGAUGAAAGAAUGUUUUGAAUUGAUUAAUCACUACAUCCAAAGGGUCCCCUCUAAAGUUAUUGAUUUCUGA